AUGAAGGUCGGCAAGGAGAACUUGUUCAGCGAGUUCCCAGACGAGAGGCACAUAGGUGCCACCCUAGUCUAUACGGGUGGUGAGAGCAAACUCUGCCUCCUGGAGGCAUCGGCGGCGCCAGGUGUAUUCAUGUGUAUUCAUCUCGCAAGCCACAAGCCCACAGCGGCACAGCCCAUCGGGCGGAAGCUACCGCGCGUGCGCAGUCGUUCCCCAGCCCCCGACACGUUCAACCCGACUCGGCCGUUCCCCAAGCCCCCACUCGUCCGUUCCCCAAGCACCCAACCUAACCUAGCGCCUGCUGCUGCAGCGGCGGCGGCGGCGAGUAGCGGCCAGCGGCGGCGGCGGUGGCGAGUAGCGGCCAGCGGCGGCGGCCAGUACCAACCGCAGGCAGCAGCGCGGCAAGCGGAGCCGCUGAACGGGCGACCUGCGGACCAGAUGAAGAAGAAGGGUGUUAGCAUUGUUGCAUUGUGGGAAAGAGCUUCCAAGGCAAAUAAAAGAACUUCGACAUCUACACCAAAUCCUCCUGAUGUUGAAGUUGAGAGCAGUAUCAUUCCUCCUACUAUUGAGAGCAAUCUGCAACUGGCACUUGUGCAAGCACAUGAACCUGAUGAUGGACACACAGAACCUGAGAGUGCAGCUGGCUCCCCAACCCCAAUUGUAGAAGAUGAUGAAGCAAAUGAUGAAGUUCAGUUUGAAGUAGAUUUGGAAGCACUUGAGUCUGAUCCUGGGAAACGGAUCCCCAUCUCUAGGUACAAUGUCAAUGACCAGGAUAAAGUUAGAAGGAGAUACAUUGAGUUGGGGGCAUGUCAACCAAAGAAACAUAAUUUUGAGUAUAGAGAUAUAAGUGGAUUACAGCGUCGCUUUUCUCCUUCUUGGUUUAAGGAUUACAAGUGGCUUGAGUAUAGUGUGGACAAACAAGCCGCUUUCUGCUUCGUUUGCUAUUUGUUCAAGGAUAAAACAAGAUGUCCCGGUGAAGAUGCUUUUGUGAAGAAGGGAUUUAAUAACUGGAACAUGAAGUCGAGAUUGAAGAAACAUGAAGGUGAGGUUUGUAGUGCUCAUGCUGAAGCUCAAGAGAAGUAUGAUAGGUUCAGUACACCACAAACAUCAAUUCGGGAGUCUAUUGCUUCAAACACCUCACAAUACAAGGCUUUGUAUAAACAGCGUUUGACAUGGACACUCAAGUGUGUGAGAUUUCUGUUGUGCCAAGGCUUGGCAUUUAGAGGACAUGAUGAAAGUGAAGACUCACUAAAUAAAGGGAAUUUCCUUGAGCUUCUAAAUUGGCUAGCAUGAAAUUUUGAAGAGGUUGACAGGGUUGUUCUCAAGAAUGCUCCACAGAACUGCAGGAUGACUCACCAUGAUAUACAGCAAGAGGUGAUAAAAUGUUGUGCACAAGAGACUACUAAACUAGUCAUUGAGGAACUUGAUGGUGAUCAUUUUGCAAUACUUGCAGAUGAAUCUAGUGAUGUUUAUCAGAAUGAACAGUUGGCUGUUUGCUUGCGUUAUGUUGAUAAGAAAGGAAGGGCGGUUGUAAGAUUUCUUGGUCUUGCUCAUGUUGAAGAUACUACCUCUUUGACACUAAAAGCUGCAAUUCAUAAAAUGCUUAUGGACUACAAUUUGACCUUUGCAAUGGUUCAUGGGCAAGGAUAUGAUGGAGCUAGUAACAUGAGAGGUAAUGCUAAUGGCCUGAAAAAACUGAUUAUGGAUGAGUCCCCUUCUGCCUACUAUCUUCAUUGUUUUGCCCAUCAACUACAGUUAACUCUUGUUGCUGUUGCUAAGGAGAGUGGUGAUUGUACUUGGUUCUUUCAGCAGCUUGCACACUUGUUAAAUGCUCUUGGCAUGUCUUGUAAAAAGAUGAGAAUGCUUCGAAUAGCUCCGGCUGAAGAACUCAUUGAUGCAUUGGAAUUGGAAGAAGUAGAAACAGGAAGUGGGCUGAAUCAGGAAAUGGGUUUGGGAAGGCCAUGUGAUACACGUUGGACCUCUCACUUCAAAAUUGUGAACCGUGUCAUCUCUAUGUAUGGUACACUACGACGAGUCCUUCGCAAGAUUGGAGAUGAGUACCAUGGUGUGGAGGCACAAGCAGCUCUAUCCAUAGAGAAAAUAUUUCGAUCAUUUGAGUUUGUUUUCAUGGCACACUUGAUGCAAGAAAUAUUUGGAUACACAGAUGAGUUGUGUAGAACUUUGCAAAAUCAAGACAAAGAUAUUGUUCAUGCUAUUGAGCUUGUUGGUGACACAAAGUAUUACUUGGAGGCUUUGAGGACCGAUGCUGGAUGGGAUGAUUUUCUCACAAAGGUCACAUCUUUUUGUACAAAGCAUAAGAUCAAAGUUGUUGAUAUGGAGGGUCCUUACUUUCCCGUUGGUCGGCCUAGAAGAGGUUUAUGUAAUGGUGUCAACAAUUACCACCGCUUCAAGGUUGAUAUGUUUGUGGGUGUCAUUGAUAGGCAAAUCAGUGAGCUGAAUGGCAGAUUCGAUGAGGUAAACACGGAACUACUUUCUUGCAUGGCAGCUUUCUGUCCACUUCAUCUAUUUGCUGCUUAUGGCCAAGAGAAGUUGGUUAGGCUUGCUAUAAAGUUUUAUGCUUCUGAUUUUACAAGUGAUGAACUGGCAAGACUUCCAUGGCAACUAAACAUGUAUGUUACUAAUGUGCGUAGAGAUGAAAGGUUUCAAAAUCUGAAAAAUCUGUGUCAGCUUUCAGUUAUACUUGUUGAGACAAACAAGAAUGAAUAAUAUCAUAUUGUUUACAAGCUUCUUAAGUUGGUAUUGAUUUUGCCAGUAGCUACUGCUAGUGUUGAAAGGGUAUUCUCUUCAAUGAGCUAUGUGAAGAAUAAGUUAAGGAACAAAAUGGGUGAUGAAUAUUUGAACAAUUGCUUGGUUACAUUUGUUGAGAGAGAAUUUUUCGAUCAAGUGAAGGAUGAAGAUGUCAUCAAUCUCUUCCAAAAAGGCGACCGCAAAGUUAUAUUGUAAGAAGGAUAUCAUCACUUUAUCAAUCAAAAGGUACUUAUGUAUUCAUGUUGUUAUGGUCUGAUACAUUGAAAUAUUGCUAUUGCAGUUAUGCUAGUGUUGUUUUGUUCAUAUAUUGCUAGUGUUGUAUUGUUUGGUUCAUAUACUACAUUUAGAGCCAAAAAAAAUUUGGAUGAAUACCCAGCCUUCAUUUCCUGGCGCCGCCACUGCUGGAGGUCAUCUACAUGCAAGCUGACUCGGCUGACAAGCCAACUGAAUCUGAUGAGAAGAAUGAGGACUUCGACGAUGGGUUGAAUAACACUUACUCCAAUGAGACGACUGUUGGCGAGGCGGCUGAUUCUGAUGAGAUGAAUGAGUACUCUGCUGAUGAGGUGGACGAGGAGCAAGAUCAUAAACGGUUUUUGCGAUUGACGACCUUUUCACUUAGGUAUGAUAGGAAUGGAGACCUGAGAACUGGCAAUAGCCGGCGGGUUCGGUACUAUAGUUUGCCCCAAGAAGUUAAUGACUCGAUGCUUGAGUAUCCCAUGGCAUUUUGGAUGUAAUUAGGAACCAUGAAUUUGCAUAUUGCGUCACAUAAUAUGGGCAUGAUAUGCGUCAUGUAAUUAUCACUUGCAUGAACAACAGACCAUGGGUGGAGAUUUAAGGCCGAUGUUAUUUAUGUAGUCACUCAAAAAAAUAUUACCAUGUAUUUUGCUUAGCCUUUCUGUA